AUGAAUCCCGAUGAUACACCCGCUGACGGCAACCGACCGUCGGCCUCUGUUACGCCGGCUUCUGAAGCGCCGGCCGCUCCGAAUCCAUCCGUUCCCGAGAUGCUGCAGGCCAUCAUGGCACGUUUCAUUUUCAUUCAACAAGAAGAAAUCAACAAAGCUACGAGCGACCGUCUGGCCGCACUCGCCGCUGCUCUCGGAACCCUAGAUGGCAAAAACGACAGAGAGGAAACAGCAAGAAGAAGUUUGUUCGCAACCGCAAACCCUAACCUCGGAAUCGAACGACCAACAAACAAAGCAAACCCUACAAACGGCGAGGUUGCAGAAAUGACCGAAGGCUCGGACUCUCUAACUAGCCGCCAGAUCGCCGAUCUGCAACUGUCACUGCGGGACAUCCACUCUACGAUACAUCAUGUCAAGGCAUCCACACCAGAGAUCGAACGCGUUCUCGCCACCACCCGGCGAAACCCCUUCACCAAGCAUAUAACGACAGUCAAGAUCAAGAAGACGGAGAAACUCAGUAUCCCCCCAUACAAGGGAGAUUCGGACCCAACCGACCACAUGACCGCUUUCAACAUCGCUAUGGGUCGAAAUCACUUCUCCGACGAAGAGAGUGAUGCGGGUCUCUGCCAACUCUUCAUCGAGAGCCUCUCAGGACCGGCCCUAAGUUGGUUUUCCCAUUUAAAAGAAGGUUCGAUCGAUAGCUUCGACGACCUGUCCGCAUCUUUCCUCAAAAACUACAUGAUGUGGUCCCGUCAAGGAAUAUCCAUGGCCGACCUAUGGAAGCUAUCCCAAUCGCAAAACGAGAGUCUCAAGGACUUCAUGGAAAAAUUCAAGGGAGUACUAUCAAAGGUACGUAUCCCGGAUCACCCUACCGUCGAAGCCUUGACCAACGCGCUUUGGAUUAACUCCAAGUUUCGAGACUACCUCGGGAACAACCCGACUAUAAUCAUCGAAGAUGCUCUGCACGAUUCAAAGAACUUUAUCAAGAUGGAUGAAGACAGACGAGCUUACAACGCCAAGCAGCAGGCUCUAAAAACAACGGCAUCGAAAACGUCGGACGCCCAAGAGCCACGACAGCACGCCCCUUACAGAAGGAAAGGACCCAUCUAUGCCAUCUCCAAGGAUGACCAAUCUGGUGCAGUUACCGCGGUACGCGAACCAGGGUGGAACGUAUGGGAACGUGGUACCGAAGGAAAAACACAGCUGUCCCGCAAGGCCGCAUCCGCUAACCCGAAGAGCUCAUACGACCAAAAAAAGUUCUGCAAGUACCAUGAUAUGAACGGUCAUGACACCAAGGAAUGCAGACACCUCUACGAAGCAUGGCUUGCCUCCACCAGCGACGGUCGCACCGAGCCCGAACCAUCAAAACCAAAAACGAUAAAAAACAGUAAAAGCUGGAGUAAGAGUAAGGACAAGAAGAAAAAGUCCAACGAAAAAAAGGAAGAAGACUCUCCUCCGGCAGAUGAGGGCGACCAAUCGCGUCCCGACGAGGAAUCGACCUCCGACGAAGAAAAACCAAAAUCUCGGCGAAAGAUUCUCACGAUCCGGGCCAUGCCAUCCCCCGCCCCAUCCAUAACGGCAAAGCCGGAGGACGAUCUAUGUCAAUCAUCUUACCAAAAAUCAGCACAGACGAUCGAAAGCCUAACUUCCACCGACAGCACGCUUAUGGAAAUCGAUGGCACACCGACUAAGAUCAUCCACUCCGUAGGAAAGCUCAAUGCUUCCGACGCUCGAUACAUCCUAGAUGCCAAGCGAAAGGACCCCCUCCACUGA